AUGGUAAAAAAUCUUUGUAGUACGGGAAAACACUAUCAAUCAACGAUUUUUGAUAUAAAAGCCGAAAUAGAUGUGUGUAGUUGGCUCAUAGACUAUUACCACUCGAACAAACAAGCGAACAAAUCAAUAACAUCAUCUGUCGGAAAAACUCCAGACAACUAUGAUAUUCAGAUUCGAUUUUUCUCUAUUCGCAAUUACUUUCCUAUUCGUCUUGCUAAUGCUAAUGAGACAAACCAUGGCGGGUGA